AUGACGCACAGUGGCGAGCGCCCUUACGCAUGCACUGUGUGUGAUGUCACAUUUUCUCAGAAAGGCACUCGGGACAGGCACGAACGUACCCACACCGGCGAGCGCCCGUACACCUGCACCGAGUGCGAUGCCACGUUCGCCCAGGGAGGCGAUCUACGGAGGCACAACAUGACGCACACAGGCGAGCGCCCGUACGCCUGCACCGAGUGCGAUGCCACGUUCGCUCGGGGAGGCGCUCUACGGAGGCACAACAGGACGCACACCGGCGAGCGCCCGUAUGUCUGCACCCAGUGCGACGCCACAUUCGCCCACGGAGAGGGUCUAUGGAGCCACCAGCGGAUGCACAGCGGCAAGCGCCCGUAUGCCUGCAUCGAGUGUGACGCCAAGUUCGCCCGGGGAAGCGAUUUACGGAGCCAUCAGCGGACGCACACCGGAGAGCGCCCGUAUGCCUGCACCGAGUGCGAUGCCACGUUCGCCCAGGGAGGCGGUCUACAAAUCCAUCGCCGGACGCACACCGGCGAGCGGCCAUAUGCCUGCAUCGAGUGCGGUGCUGCUUUCGUCACCAGUGACAACCAAAAGAAGCACUUUCGGGAUUAUCACACCGCCGAGGGACAGCAGCGCCGCAAGCGCGAGGAGGAACGGGUAGCAAAGCUCCUGGAAGGGGCGAGCAUCGACUUUAAGCGGGAGCAUGCUGUCAGUUUCAGGUGCAUCCUGGAUACCUUCGCUCGUGUCGACUUCAUCAUCAUCCUCAACGGGAAGGUGAUCGUUCUGGAAGUCGAUGAAUACCAGCACGACGGGUACGGCGUGGCCUGCGACGUCUCCCGCAUGAUCAAGCUCUACGGGGCAUGGCUGCUCGAGGGAAACACCCUCCCCGUACGCUUCCUCCGUUACAACCCCCAUUUAUUCCGAGUAGACGGCAAGCAGAAAAAACUCAAGAGGGUGGUACGGGAGGACCGGUUGCUGAGAGCGAUACGAGAAGCAUCUGAAGCGGAAGGUGACGGGAUGCGAGUUUGGUAUUUGUACUACGAUGUAGUGGCUGGCAAGCCCGCAAUCAUGCAAGAUCCAGCCUUCACCAUUGAACAUCUAGCGACCGCACAGAUCGAUCAGCGAUACGGGCCGCGUACCACGGCGCCGUACGCGCUAAAGAUCAAGCAGAACCACUUCGUGGACGCGGCAUGUAAGAGGGGCAUCGGGUCCAUCGCCAACGCCCCACGCGGGACCAACAAAAAGACGACUGCGGAGUACGCGAUAAAUAACGUCACGAGCACCAUGAGGCUCAAGGCCACCAGGCCGAUCUACAACGGGCAAGAGAUCCUCGUGGGGUAUGGCAGCGGGUACUGGGCGGGUCACAAAGGCUCACACAGAACAAGGAGACGUUGA